CAAACAUCUUUUUAGUUGUGAUAUAGAGUCUCAGUCUACAUUGUAUUUUCGGAUGCACACUUCUCUUUAAAACACGCAGCACAGAAACCUCAAACCUGAAAGAUUCAGGGCUUUUGGAAAAACAUUUGGGGUUCCAGCCCCCUUAGCCCACCCCUAGCGCCGCCCCUGGAUAUAAUGUUCAAAUUAUUCAUUGUUAACGAAAUUACUGAGGAAAUGUUCGCUGACAGCUAUCUCAGCAUGCAGAAAAUGUUCGGCUGAUGCAGAUGUGAUCCUCAUUGUGAUAUUUUUUUUAGGCUACUUGCUUGAAGAUUAGGUGUACACUUGUUUUCGACGUGUUUUCUGAUUAAUGUUCGUUACUUCCCAGUUCGCAUGUUUUUGGAUUUUAAGUCCAUUUUUGUGAGAUUAAAUAUCAUUAUAAGCAUAAUAUUCACUUUUUUUUCUGUGAUUAAAGUGGCCGAUCCUUAUUCAAUAGAUAAGACGUUUUUAAUGUUUAUGUAGGCUUAUUCAUUUUUAUUGUUGGCUGCACAUUUUUGGGGGGGCACAAGGAAAUUCUGGGGGGGCAAUGCCCCCCCUAGCCCCCCCUAGACCCCGCCCUGGCUACUUUGAGAAGCAGCAGAUGGAGCGGGCCGUCCGGAGCAUGGAGCACCUGGCGUCGGGCACCAUGACCGGGUUAGCGCUGCAGUUCACGCGGGAGCAGGCGUUUUCUCUGGCGCGCGGCGCGCGGCCCGCUCACAUGCAGGUGCCGCGCAUCGCCGUGGUGGUGACAGACGGCCGGCCGCAGGACUCUGUGGAGGAGGAAGCGGCUCGUGCACGACAGGACGGGAUACAGAUCUUCGCGGUGGGCGUCGGUCGUGUUGACAUGGCAACCCUGCGAGCCAUCGGGAGCGAGCCGCACGCGGAACAUGUGCAUCUGGUGGCCAGUUUCAGCCAGAUAGAAACUCUCGUUUCUGUCUUCCACUCAAAGCUGUGCGCAGAUCAGCGGUCAGUGUCACAACCGUGUAAAUGUGGGAAGAUGAUGCUGUUUCACAACACGACCAAUGAAGCGCUGCUGAGGAUUUCACGGAAGUUAGAAACGGUCAUGAAGAGGAUUGAAGUGUUGGAGAUUCAGCGUCAGCUCGUGUGACAACAUUCCUUCAUCCUCGUCUGAAUGACGUUCUUCCCAAAAUAUUGUACAUGUAUUGCAUAAUUUUGUGUAUGAUUUAUAGUAAAGUAAAGAAACAUGUAUAAGUGCAUUAAAACUUCCCAAAGCAUCUCCA